CUAAGGCUAAUUGGAACACUUACAAAACAUUCCGAUUGUAAACCAGCAAAGUGGCUAAAUAUUCUAUUUUAACUCGCCGCAAAGAACUAUCUUGAAGUCGGACGUAAUGGCAUUGUGCUACUAACAAGCUUCCUGUUCUGUCAGUCACAGAGCGAUACUUGAAUCACGUCAGUCAACUUGUAAGAUUUUACAUAAAUUUCUACGUCUUACGUUCUGUUACACGUAUCUCAUGUGCGACAUUUUAAUUCAUUCGGGAAAAAGCAUACCUAGUCGUUGCUUUUCGGGUCUAACUCGCGGAUUGAGGCAAACUCAUAGAUCCUGCAUAACCGCGCGUUUGAUUUGAGGAUAGCUUCGACUUGCAAAGUAGUAAUAUCUUUAAAAAAGACUCAAUCCCACAUUCUAUUGUUGCUUUCUAGGGUAAUCCAGGGGAAUUCAGCAUGUUAGUCGCCUAGAAUGACAUCGUUUGCCUUGAACCUCUCUUGUGCACUUUUAUAGGUUGAAUUCUAUCCAAGGUCUACUACCGCCGUUCAAAUCUAUGUAUGGAACACCUCAGUCCGGUCGGUCACUGCAACCGCUUCUAACUUUCAUGCUUAGCGCGCUACAAUCCUUUCCAAACACUUUUCUUAGUAUUGUUGGAUUAUGGUACCAAUCACGGCCAACAUUGAGAUUGGAGAUUCGGUAAGUACACUAAUUGCUUGGUAUCUUUUUCGAACUUGAUACUCAUACAGCAACGAAGAAUCUCCAGUUUCUUACAAACACUUCAAAACUCAACAAUUUCACAUUUCCAGCAUAUCUUUAACUACCACCCAAGCCUUUCUCCUUAUUUAACCAUGCAGGUCGCACGAAAAGCCCCAUACAGCCCUUACGAGAACGAGAGCGGAAGAUUUUGGCUCAGAAUCGGGGGACGCACGUUCAACUUCAUCACGACAAACGAGAAGGAAAAGGAAGAAAAUGGCGCUGAUCCAAAUGCAGAGCGACUCAAAGGUACACAGAAAUAAGCUCUUUGAGAUUACUGUCCACAAAGAUUCUGACGAUUAUCAAGGGCCAUUUCGAAGUUGUGUAUGGCUUGGAUUUGGCACGAAGAAGUUUAAGCAAGACAAAAUGAAUAGCGAGGAGGUCUUGAAGGAGAAUAUUCUGUUGGAUGAGAAGGGGCUUGAUAUGAAGUGAAGAGGAGCAGAUAUCGCUUUGGGCCGAAGUUGGAAGACAAGUCAUGGGAGAUCCCCAUGGUGUAGGCAUUGAUUCGGGUAUGGAGUAGGGUACAUGAUUGUAAAUUACAACUCGGAGCUUGGGACUUCAGUUAGUUGAAGGUGGUGGGAUCGAAGGUCUCUUAAGAUCGGUCUGUGGAAGUAGAUGAAGUGGUAUUACAUUUGCAUGUUUACUACUGACCUGGUAUAUCGGUUUUCUUCUGCUGCUGUGCUCGUAUGACCCGCUCUCUGUCUUGCUAUGCACGCAAAUGUGCUAUGGCUAAUAUGAAAUCAAUUCUACAAAUAAAUUUACCCCUAC